UAUUGUUUAUUCCCAUGUGGUGUUGAAAAAUGGACGCGCACAUGAUCCUGUGAAGUUUAAAAAUGUUUUCUUUACGUGUUUAUGUGCGUUGAACAUUAAGAACAGAAGUAAACGUGUUCAAGUUUAAGUGACAAUGACAGAAAUGCCUCCUUAUCUCGCUGUUAAAGAUGAGGAGAAAAAUAGUGGGCAGACAGAUAGUGAAUGUUCGGACUCUGAAGACGAUUUGCCUCUAAGUUUUGAUAAACCUAGACACAUUGAACCCAUUAAAGGUGCAGAACGCGAAGAGCACUCUUGGAGAGUUAAAGAAAAGUACAAGACACACUGUGUAGCGCUGGUCUUGUGCCUCAACGUGGGUGUGGACCCACCCGAUGUGGUGAAGACUCAACCUUGUGCCAGACUAGAAUGUUGGAUUGAUCCCAACUCACUGUCCCCGGGCAAGGCAUUGGAGAGCAUCGGUCACGCACUGCAGUCCCAGUAUGAACGCUGGCAGCCUCGCGCACGUUACAAGCAGAGCCUUGACCCUACCAGUGAUGAGAUCAAGAAGCUGUGCUGCUCGCUGCGUCGCAACGCCAAGGACGAAAGAGUUCUUUUCCAUUACAAUGGACAUGGGGUACCCAAGCCCACCAACCAGGGCGAGAUAUGGGUCUUCAACAGGGCGUACACGCAGUACAUCCCGCUGUCGAUGUACGACCUGCAGACGUGGAUGGGAGCGCCCUCGCUCUACGUCUACGACUGCUCCAACGCCGGCAUCAUCGUCGAUAACUUCAAGCAGUUCGCUGAACAACACGAACGCGAUUAUGAGAUGCAGGCGUCCAGCGGGCGCGAUACGGCGGGCUCCGGGUCGGGGGCGGGGUCCAGCUCGGGCGGGGGCGGGGUUGUGGGCGCGGGCGCGGCGGUGUCGUACCGCAACUGCAUCCAGCUGGGCGCGUGCGCCGCCGGCCAGACGCUGCCCAUGAGCCCCGAGCUGCCCGCGGACCUCUUCACCGCCUGUCUCACCACGCCCGUCAAGAUGGCCAUGAAGUGGUUCGUGCUGCGCAGCCGCGUGCGCGUCGCCACACACGACCUCCUCGAUCUCAUCGACAAGAUCCCGGGGCAGGUGAGCGACCGGCGCACGAUGCUGGGCGAGCUCAACUGGAUCUUCACGGCGAUCACGGACACGAUCGCGUGGAGCUCGCUGCCGCCCGACCUCUUUCAGCAGCUCUUCCGCGCCGACCUCCUCACCGCCAGCCUCUGUCGGAACUUCCUGCUCGCAGACAGGAUCAUGAGAUCGUACAACUGCACGCCGGUGUCGUCGCCGGCGCUGCCCUCGCUGGCGGCGCACCCGCUGUGGGCGGGCUGGGAGCACACGCUGGACCUGGCGCUGGCGCAGCUGCCCGCGCUGCUGGCCGAACGUCCGCCCGACUACAGCCACUCGCCCUUCUUCCGCGACCAGCUCACCGCAUUUCAGGUCUGGCUCGACCUCGGCAAGUGGUCUGCAUGCCGGCCGCCGCCGGACCAGCUGCCGAUGGUGCUGCAGGUGCUGCUGAGCACGCUGCACCGCGUGCGCGCGCUGCAGAUCCUGUGCCGCUUCCUGGCGCUGGGCGCGUGGGCGGUGCGCGCCGUGCUCGCAGUCGGCAUCUUCCCCUACAUGCUCAAGCUGCUGCAGGCCUCCGCACACGACCUCCGCGCCUCCAUGGUCUACAUCUGGGCCAAGAUCAUAGCCGUAGACCCUAGUUGUCAAGUGGAUUUGGUGAAUGCGAAAGGUCACAAAUACUUCCUGUCUAUACUUCAGGAUCCAUCAGUGGAUAGUGAACAUCGCACAUUGGCUGCAUUCGUGCUGGCGGGCAUCGUGGACAACUACCCCGCCGGGCAGGAGGCGGCGCUGCAGGGUUCCAUGAUAUCGCUGUGCCUGGAGCAGCUGACGGACGGCAGUGCCCGACUGCGGCAGUGGGCGUGCGUGGGGCUGGGCAGGCUGUGGCGCAACUACGACGCGGCGCGCUGGGCCGGCGUGCGCGACCUGGCGCACGAGAAGCUGUACGCGCUGCUGCAGCACCCGCAGCCCGAGGUGCGCGCCGCCUGCGCCUUCGCCCUCGGCACGUUCGUGGCUGCGGGCGGGUGUGCCGGCCGCACCGAGCACGCCAACGCGCUCGACCAGCAGGUGGGCGUGCAGCUGGCCGCGCGACUCCCGCCCGACGCCUCGCCGCUGGUGCGCGCAGAGCUGCUCGCCGCUCUCCAGUGGCUGGUUUUAAUAUUUGAACAACAUUUCAUCGCGGUAUAUAUUCAAGAAAGGAUGAGGCGAAGUACCAAGGAGUCUCGACUGUGCGGGGCUGGGGGCGGGGGCGGGGGCGGGCGCGUGGAGGCGGGGCAGGACGCGCUGGCGGCUGCGCGUGCGCCGCUCCCCGCGCGACACGUGCACGCUGCGCUCGCGCUGCCCGCAUACGGUUUCGGCUCCGUGUAUAUGAAACUGUGGAGCGCACUGUGCGGCAUGGCCAAGGAGCCGCACCCGCAGGUCUCGCAGAUGGCCACCGACAUCAUCAACUACAUCUCAAAUCAGGUGGACAACGUGAGCCGCGAGGCGGAGGCGGUGCGCAGCAGCAGCGGCAGCGGGUCCAGCUCGCUGCCGCCCUCGCCCAACACGCGGCCCGCAGCCUUCGCGCACGCCCCCCACUCGCCGCACUCGCCACAUCCCGACACACGCACUCUGCCCGCCAUGGGUCACCGCCGCGGCAAGUCUGGUCUGCCGCACACAAUAUCCGAGGACUCGGUGGCUCAUCGCGACCGCGACUCCACCUCCUCCAACUCUAGUCAAAGUACAAAGAAGGCGAUUGUGAGCACGGAAUUCGUGGAGUGGGCGACGGCGCAGUUCGCGCGCGGUGAGGGCGGCGAGGGCGACGAGGGCGACGGCGACUCCGAGAGCCGCGCCCACCACGAGCGCGUGUGGCGACGCGCGCGCAACCGCAGUCUGCGCCGCGACGCGAGAGCGCUGCGCGCGGGGCUGGCGGGGCGCGGCGCCCGUCUCGAGACGCAGACGUUCCACUCGCGCUGUCCGCUGCCGCCCGCCGUGGUGCUCUUCCACCCCUACGAGCAGCACCUCGCCGUCGCCUUCAAGGACACCUUCGGGAUCUGGGACUGGGGCACGGCGGCCAAGAUCUGCGUGGGGUCGUGGCGGCGCACGUGGGGCCGCAUCACCGCGCUCGCCUACCUCAACGCGCACGAGCGCGCGCUGCUCGCCGUCGCCUCGCACACCGGCAACCUCGCAGUCUACAGACCCUCGGAGAACGGUAGCGGGAGUGCGCCGGCGCUGGCGGCCGCGUGGCGAGCUCUGCCCGUGCGGCCCGCAGCCGACUACCGCCCGCCCCCAGCACAGCCUCUAUACAGUCUGGCGCAGCUGGUGUCGGAGCAGUUCAUCUCUGCGGAGGAGCGCCAGGCCGCCGCCAAGGCUCGCCACUCCGACCCCAACCUGUCGGUGGGCAUGGGCGGCAUGGGCGGAGUGGGAGGCGCGAGCGGCGCCGCCGGCACCAGCUCCGGCCCGCCCUCAGUGCUGCUGCGCUGGAGCGAGACGCGGCGCUCGCUGGCGCUGGCCGGCCUCUGCAGCACCGUGCGUCUCUGGGACGCCGACGCCGAGAUGCUCAGCUGCGACAUCAGCACUGAGACGGAGGCUGCGGCGACGUCGCUGUGGCGCGGCCCGCUGCUGGCGUGCGGCUUCGCGGACGGCGCGGUGCGGGCGUGGGACGAGCGCGCGCCCGCAGCGCCCGUCUUCACGCUGCACGACCACACCGCGCCAGUGCUGUGCGCCGCGCACCGCACUCACCAGCCACACACACUGCUCACUGGAUGUGCGGAGGGCGUGAUCCGCGUGUACGACACGCGCAAGCUGGUGGCGAAGGAGGUGGUGCGCGCGCCGGGCCCCCUCGCCGCCCUCGACCUGCACCCGCUCUGCAACCUGCUCGCCUGCGGCUCCGUGAACCAGUGCAUCAGCAUCUACGACCUGAAGGGCACGCCGCUCAACACCAUCAAGUUCCACGAGGGUUUCAUGGGGGCCCGCAUCGGACCCGUCUCCUGCCUCACCUUCCACCCUCUAAGAUGCGCGCUGGGUGUGGGCGCCAAGGACUCCACGGUGUCUGUGUACGUGUCGGAGCCCCGCCGGUGACCCUCGCUCUACAGCCUGGCGCUGCCGCUGCAUUUCCAGUGAGCUGCACACCGCACACCGCACACCGCGGUUCUAGUGGCCGAAGAGGAAUGACUUGGUGAAUGAGCUGUCGCUACGCGCUAAAGGACCUCAUCGCGAAGAUCGGAAGGAUCCCAGCCUGUUUAACUGCAACGUAUUGCUUCGUUCCCUUUCUCAUUAGUUUCCGUGGAGUGCGGGCGCAGUCUCCUCUCCUACCGACGACUGAGAAACGCUCGAGCCUUCCAGCAUCUCAAUCCCACAAAAGACAUCUCCACCGUUUUGUGACUACCCUCAUUAUAAUACAAGCGUAGAAUUAACAGCCACGUUAUAGAUAUCAUUUACAAUAAUAAUGUUGAUUUGCUUACGUUAUAUUUUUCUACAUAUUGUGUAAAUAGUAAAUCUGUUAUUUUUACAAGUAUACUAGUAAGAAAAAACUCGAUCAAUGCAGUUCAAUCCCACCGAUUGUAUUCGUGCGUAGCGCGCGCAGUGUACGGCGCAGUGUACAGCGCAGUGUACGGCGCAGUGUACGGCGCAGUGUACGGCUCAGUGUACGGCGCAGUGGUUGCGGGGUGCGAGACGGCGAUAUUUGGUGCUAAAGUUAGGUCGAUUUGUAAUUAGUUGCGUGCGCGUGCGCAGUGCAGCGCCGACACACAGCCGCGCUGUUGUAAUGUACGCUUUACAGUAGCAUACUCAGUCGAGAGACGUUCGGAGCAUUUGUAUAAAUCUGUUAUAUCGGAUAGCGACGUUUUUAUUUAUAUAAUUUAAGUACGUAUAAUAAUCGAGCAACGUAAAUAUGUAUUUAUAUUUAAUAUACAUAAGUUAGUAUCGAUGUCCGCGCCCGCCCGAGCGAGAGGCGCGGCGGCGGCGGCUUAGCCAAAUAUACUGCCUUCAGAGAACAGUCGCCUCGCUUUAAUACGCAGAGGACGUCGCCUGUAAAUAUAGCAACAUUAGUUAUGAUCUAUUUUAUACCAUGAAAUGCAAUACAAUUUGAGUAAUUAAUUUAGUGUAUGGAGAAUAAUUGUGUACCGACUUCCUCCGGGCCGGAGUGCGCCAGCGGUGGGGAAACCGUUCCCUUGACGAUGUUGUGCUACGAGCUUGCGUCAAAGUGAUGACUACUGAUGAAUGUAACGUCUGAAGUUAACAGAAUUGCUUUCAGUAACUCCGCUUUAUCCGGCCGGUACAGCAGCGCGCCACCACCAAACACGUGUUCAAGUGAUGCUACGUUAAGUUAGGAACGCUUUUCAUGUCUACCCUACAUUAACAGUAUGUGUUCAAGACUUAUUUCUCUGUAUGCAAGCAACAGCGACCAGGAAAGAAUAUUAUGUGCACUAAAAUAAACAAACGAGUGGUAUUAUCACCUUGCCAGUAGAGUCCAAGAGAUUCGAGGACCGAAUAAUAAAACGGGCAAAGCUAUGGGCACAUGAGACCUGUCUCUGUGGCAUGCGCGGGGCCACAAGUGGCUGCUGCCCUCGGAUCUGAUCACUGCGCGUACAUCGACUCGCGCUGGACUACUUUGUUUUAUCCAAUAUAAUCCGUAUUUUGCGUUCUUCAGUUCGGCAGAAGAGGUUUUGUGAUUAUGUGAUUUUACAAGAAAGUUCCUAAGACUUAAUUAUUACUAAAUAGAUGCCAUUUUUUUUUUAUAUUAAACAAUAAGUUAUAAGAUUUCGUUAACUACGUAAUAGUUGAAGAUAUUGUGUUCUUUUACAUUAGAAUAGACAAACAAGAUACGCAUCCGGUGUUCAUAAAAGUUUUUAUUUUUAGUUGUACAUUUAGUCUGCCGAGUGAGCCAGUAACAUUAAAGUUAGGAUACAGUUUUAUGUACAGCUGCUGAGCAUUUAAUGUUUUCUGAUUAUAAGACAAGCGAUUUGAACAAAACUGUAAUAUCGGCUGCACUGCCGGGUUCGGUGAGGACUGCACACGAUGUUCUCAUAGACAACCUCUCACAAGUUGGUUCUUCAAUCAAAAGAUUGAAUAUUGUAUAAAGUUAUAGCAUUUUGUCUAUGAAAUUAAUGAUUUAUCAUCGCUUUUACAUAUUGUGUAAUUGUACAUUACUGUUGUUGUUGUUGAAAUAAAACAUGGUACAUAACAUUGUCUUAUUC